AUGCUUCUUAUGGGAGGAAUCCGUAGUACAUUGACGGCUGAUUGGGUUCAUGAGCGGAAAAUUCGUAUCAUUUGUCGAUGCCUGUUCGCUUAUCAUGCAUUCGUGUUUGCUCUGCAAUUGAGUGAAGCCUUGACCGAGAAGAAGGAUGCAGCUCUCGUGAUUCUGGAAUUGAUGAAAGUCGCAUUUAUUUCCGUUGCAUGCUUAAAAGUGGUUUCCAUAGCAUUUCUGAAGAAGCCAAUUGCAACGCUACGUCAAUUUAUCUACAGUAGCAGCAUCCACUCUGGUGACGAGCCUUUCGAUGAACUGGAACAAAGAAAGUUCAACCGAACUAUUCGAAGAGUAAUUCAAGUUAUCUUCGGUUUGAUGACUGUUGAUACUUUUAUCAUGUCGAUUCCAAAUUUCUCGACUAACGGUAUGCUAGAGCUACCACACGCGCUUACCUUGGCUGGGGAAUGUACAUCGAGCAUUUUGAGUGUGCUUUUAGCUAAUUUACUGGCUAUUUCGGUAGUUCCGAAAUAUUUCUCUUGCACGGCAAGCGUUGGAACUACUCUCCUGGGGUUGCGCACAAAACUCAGGAUUUUAUCUAGGCGUUUCAAACUGAUCUCACAGCAGCAUUUCUCAUGUGGUGAACGAUGCUUCGAGCACGUGAAUAAAGAAAUAUUGGAAGCUGUAGAUCAACAUGUGGAAUGUUGGAGACAUAUGCAAAUUCUUAAACAACUGGUGGGAAAAACAUUUUUCCUAGUGCAUUAUUUUUCGAUUUUCGCUGUUGGAGCACUGAUCUACGUCUGCCGUGAAAUGGGAAUGAACAGCGUUACAUUUGUCAUUGUCGCCGGGACCUUUUCAUUUUUGUUGGAAUAUUUCUUGCUGUGCCACCUGGUAGAGCUGCUUCAGGACGAGGCUGAUUCAAUUGGACAUCACAUUUUCGAAAUAUGUGCCCAAAUACCGUUCAAUGCAAAAUUUCGUUCAGAGUACGUGCAGUUGCGAACCACGCUGAUGAUUGUAUGGAUCAAUACUAGGAACGGGGUGUCCGUAAAUUGCGUAGGACUGUUUGACAUUACCACAUCGGCAUUCGUCGCCCUUAUUGAUGUUGCGUACUCAGUAUUGAUGUUCUUGAUCAAGCUGAGCUAAAUGCUUUCAUGAUUUUUUAUUCUGGUUGCAGUUACUCG